AUGAUCGCUCUUGCCAGAUUUGCAUACAUUUCUUAUUAUCUAACCCGAACCUCAGAAGACAAAUACUCCGAUCUAUACUGGGCUUUGAGUGGUGGAGGGGGAGGAAAUGAUGCUCUAGACCCGUCGCUGACAAUCAAAGCCCAUGUCAGUGGCCCCGUUGCUGGCGCAGCCCUAUCAUUCGCCAACACCAACUCUGAUUUGUACUGGGAAGUCAUUGGAGCAUUCCAGCGCCAGCUUCUCACAUGGAACCAAAUUUUCGGCCUCGCAUCGUCUUUCGGGUUCGACAAUUCUGCUUUUCGGCUCAAUAUGGCAGCCUUGCCUGGUGCCACCGAGGCAGAAAUGGAUGUGUUCCCUUUCCUCCAACGGCUUGAUACGCUACACAUAAAUACCACGUAUAUUGCAGACGUGCAAGACACUUUCCAUGGCCAUUUCGAGAAAUACGGAUUUCCUGAUAAAGUCUACCGAAUUAACAGCAGAUUAGGAGGAUAG